UUUACAAGAAAGUAAUAUCGGUGCACUCCAGCAAUAGAGGAUUUUGGUGUCUGUUCGGAGGUAGAUGAAGGUGCGUUGUAGUUUCGUGAAGUGGUUACGUUACCGCAUGCUGUACCUAACGUGAAAUUAUGCUCUUAGUACACAAAACCCAACUAGUUUGCAUGAACCUGAUGAGAAACAUCAAGUAGCAUCUUUUCGGAUAUGGUAGUCUGUUUAGUUUAUUGCAGUUCACCCGUGUUUAGAUCGGUGUAAUAAGGCUCGAGGAGUGCUUACAAGCGUUUAUACAGCCAUUUAGAAGGCCAGUUACAUAUAGUGCAUCGUAUGAAGCAAAAUAUAACGAAAUGAAGUAUACAAAUAUUUGUGGAAUGUUGAAUAACCUAACAGCAGACGGAAUGCUGCAUGUGUUUGAGUUGUGCACAACGAUCAGCUGACACGGGAAAGCCAGUCACAUAAAUUGUCAUCUUAUUGCCAUUCCGCUGAUAAUUUUGAAAUUGGACGCUAAAUAUCGUGAAGAUUACAAUCAAAAUAAGCAUUUUACUCCUGUGGAUGGCUCAUCACAAAACUGCCAAAAAAAGAAGGUUUUAACAUGUCACGAAACCACAAGGAAAAGUAUGAAGGCACCAAUUCACGGAGAGCACACACAAUCAUGUCUCCAGAGGACGCAGCUUCUGGAAAGAGAUCUGAUUGGACGGAGUUGGAGAUAACAGGGACUAUUCGCAACCUGAGUCCAAAUUUAUGGACAUUCACACACCUUACAGCAUUGUACCUGAAUGAUAAUUGCCUUUCUCGAAUUCCUCCAGACAUUUCAAAACUAGUGAAUCUUCGUACACUCGAUCUUUCAAGCAACAAAUUACGCAGCCUGCCAGCUGAAUUAGGAGACCUAAUUUAUCUCAGGGAACUUCUGCUGAACAACAACUAUCUACGGGUUCUCCCAUACGAGUUGGGGAAACUCUUCCAGCUGCAUAUUUUAGGACUCCAGGGUAAUCCUCUGACAAAGGAGAUCCUAGCCAUGUAUGGGGAACCUAAUGGAACUCAUCGGCUGCUGACCUACAUGCUGGACAACUUACAAGGUGAGUCAGCUCGCGUAGUGCUGGGACGAUCGGGCGACGCACACUCCAAAUCAGUGACAGCGACGCAGCCACCGCAGAGGCCGUGGAUCCCGCUUACGAGGCCAAACCGCAACAGGCCGACGUGCAUCUUCACGGUGAUGUGCUACAACGUGCUGUGCGACAAGUACGCGACGCGCCAGAUGUACGGCUACUGCCCCAGCUGGGCGCUGGAGUGGGAGUACCGCAAGAAGGGCAUCCUGGACGAGAUCCGCCACUACUCUGCCGACAUCGUCAGCCUGCAGGAAGUGGAGACAAACCAGUUCUACAGUUUCUUCCUACCACAACUCAAGAUGGAUGGCUAUGACGGCAUCUUCUCACCCAAGUCGCGUGCCAAGACCAUGACGGAGAACGAACGCAAGUUCGUCGACGGCUGCGCCAUCUUCUACCGCACUGCCAAAUUCACCUUGAUAAAGGAGCACUUGGUGGAAUUCACGCAGCUGGCGAUGGCCAAUGCAGAGGGCUCAGACAACAUGCUGAACCGUGUCAUGCCAAAAGACAACAUUGGACUAGCAGCCCUUCUGCACACCAAGGAGGCUGCCUGGGACAAUGGUUUGCCACCAGACCCCAGUCAGUUUCAUCAACCUAUAUUAGUAUGCACAGCCCACAUACAUUGGGAUCCUGAAUUUUGUGAUGUAAAGUUGAUCCAGACAAUGAUGUUGUCAAAUGAACUCCGCAGUAUCCUGGAGGAUGCCAGCCACAGCUUCAGGCCUGGACACAAACCUGAUCCAAGCAGUAUACAGUUACUGUUGUGUGGAGAUUUUAACUCUCUUCCAGACUCUGGUGUGAUUGAAUUCCUGACAUCUGGGAGAGUUCCUGCUGAUCACAAGGAUUUCAAGUCACUUGCAUACAAAGCCUGCCUGCAGAAGAUUUCUGGCUGUGAAAAACCAAAUGAAUUCACACAUUCCUUCAAACUUGCUUCCGCAUACAGUGAAGAUAUUAUGCCCUUUACAAAUUACACGUUUGAUUUCAAAGGAAUCAUUGACUACAUUUUCUACUCGAAGCAGAGCAUGACACCGUUGGGCCUGCUGGGUCCUCUUGCUCCUGAGUGGUUGAGAGACAACAAGGUCGUUGGUUGUCCACAUCCACAUGUACCAUCAGAUCACUUUCCACUGCUGGUGGAGCUCGAGAUGAUCCCAACUGUGCCUCCCUCAUCAAACGGCCUGAUCUCGCACAGGUAGCAGCAGCCCAGAGUGGUUCCUGCAGGAAGCACUGCCAGUUUGCGGAAGCAACCCCAGAGACUGUGAACCCGUCUUUCAUCUCAUGCUGCCCACAAAGCUGGAAUGAGGCAGCUUUACUUUUAUUGAGCAAGGCAACUCCUUAGGCUGCCAUAUUUUUGAAACUUUAGUUUUAACGUAGAUUCAGUUGACAUUGGCAUGGAAUGUUUGCUAUAACCACAAUUCAUUAUAAUUAGAUAUAGUGCCCUUCCAUUCCUCAAAUGAGAUUUAAAUUUUCACUACUUCAAACACUGGUAAAGUGUUUUGUGUUCCCAAAAAUUGCUUUGAUUGUUAUUUAAAAUAUAAUGUGUACUUUGGACCUUCAUGUUCAACUUCUGUCUGACACCUCUUUGUCUCUUACAGCUUCCCAUUCACCUCAGUUUUCGUGAAGUAGUGUAACUCUUACCAAAGUUUCUUAUAUGUGCAGCCUUAAAUCAUCCGUCAUGUGAAAAUCAAUGUAGUAUAUGAUAGUAUUCAUACAGACAGAUUUUUUAGAGUUGUAUUUGAGAAUCUAUGUGGUUGCAUAGCUGAGAUGUAACUGUGACUGAGUCAUCAGAUGAAUAAAACCCUUUGGGUAUCAUGUUGCUCAUCUAUAGGAGGUUUUAAAAAUGAAUGUGAAUAUGUAAGGUGAAAUGGAAGUUUUUACAUAAACAGUGAUUUCAGCAUGUGUGCGAACAAGUAUCCUAUGAAGUUUGUUUAAUUUGUAAACCACAGAAUUAACAAGCAUUAUACCUAUUCCCCCAUGUCCUGUUCCUCUGUCCACACCCCUCUUACCACUGCCCCCUUUUAAUGUUGCUUGUCUGUUGUCUAAAAGUUUGCUUUGAGCUUGUGCAAUAGUGGUUGACAUUGAAGAUGACUUUCCUUGAUGUCAGCUAAUUAGCACUUUGGCAGGUAUAAGUUGAGUCUUGUUUUAUAAACAGUGUUAUUUCCUCUCCUAUACUGUAGUAUGAUAUGUCCAAUUAAAUUUUUCAUUUCAUUUUACAUUUCAGUGAGCAAUGUUCUAUGUACAUUUUUUGUGUAAUGAGAGAUAAUGUCACAGUUAUUUUUAGAUGGCUUUAUUCCUUUUAAGUUUGCAUAUUUGAUAUUUAUGCUACAGUGUUGACUGUGAAGUAUGUGCUUCCUAAUUUAUUAAUUUGAUGAAGCAUAGGCAUUGAAUAUGUCUUAAUAGGAAAUAUUAGAUACUGUGACAUUUACUCUCUGUAUGCCUGCAGCAUGAGCACAAAAUAUAUAUUGUAUUAUUAAAUUUUAGUUCGAUCUCAGUGUACUAAAGACAGAUACAAUGAGUUGCUAUGAACGUUGGAACUAUUUUAUGCUUGUUUAGGUUAUUAGAGAUAAAUUAUUACUUUUGUCAUGUUUACGUUCUCAUAAAAUGUAAAUUUGAUUACUUAAUGGAUCCACCAUCACAGGAAACAUUUUUCACCUAACAUAUCAAUAAAUGUGUCGGCUGAAGGCAAGUUGGUGAUGAAAGAAACUUUGUAUGAUGUAUCUUGCAACUGUAUAUCAUUAAUGAUUAUGGCGGUUACAAAGCAGAUCGAAGUUAAUUUUUCUAUUUUGAAUAUAAAUUUCUGGAAUUAUGUCAAUAGUUAUGACAAAACAUGUACACUAUGUCACAUUGUAUUGGGAUAACAGUUUUGUAUACAGUUUAAUUUUUGAAGUUUUUCUUCUGUUUACAUUAAUGUCAUAUGUAUAACAAAGUGAAUGUUUGUUUGAGCAUUGCCCAACAGUGUCUUUGCAUGACUUUCUUUGUUUGGAAAGUAUUUGUUAAAAUCCAUAGUAUCUGUAGUGUGAACAUCCCAUACGGAACUGUUUACUUACUGUAUACAUUUUUAUGGGGUAUUCACGGUGUGUUCUGAUACUAACUGGCCAAGAAUGCUUAUGAUGAUAAAUGUUCUACGAAUUGCAAAAAGAAAGAAAAAAAAAGAAUUGUUGAUAUUUUUGUGUCAGGGACCAUCAUUCUAUUCAAUGAGUGUUCACUGAAAGAUAAAAGUUACUCCACAUUUCCCUCUUAGUUCUGCAAGAAUGUGCUUGAAAUUCAUAUUUUUGGACACAUUCUUUUUACUGUACAAUAUUUUUUAGUGAUUUAAGGUGCUUGAUGUACAAAAGUUUUUAAAUUAAGGAUUUUUAUUAAUUUCAAAAUAUUUGUUUUAUUGUUUCUUUUACAUUGACAUUACUCUUCCUGUAACAUUGUACCAAAACAUUUAUUAAUAUGAUGAUUUAUAUUCCAGAAUUUUUGUCACAGUAAAAAGUUAUUGUGAGAUUACAACUACUUAGGACUAUUUUUAUGUAGUUAUGUAAUAAAAAACAGUAUUUGUUAAUUAAGGUGAAUGGAGUGAUGAUUGGAAAAAUAGUUCAUUGCUACAUUAUGUUGUCAGAUAAAGUAUCUUCUUACACUAGUGCUCCACAAAAAGUUGUAAAUACAUUAUGACAAAACUGUAGGGAAGAUGUCUGAUACAGUGUUCCAGAACACAGUGUUAUGUUAUCUUUAUUCCUUUUCUCAGGCUGUGUUUAUUAAGUAGUAUCUGCUGAUGGUUUUGUUCACCAUCAUAAAAGAAUGUGAUAUUCAUUUACAUUUUAUCAACUACAGAAGUAACUUUGACCUCCCCCACCCUCGCCCACCCCAAAUUCCAUCCCCCAUAUCCCAAAUUCCUUCCUAACCCAUCUCCCAUCUCCUUCAUCACCUUUUUUUCUAAUUUGUGUUGAGUCAACAGUCAUAGAUUUGUGCAGCACAUUAAAUCAAACUGUCAUGCAGAGUUUUUAUAUUAGUUAUUUGAAAGCUCUCAUUAAAUUAGAUUAUAGUUCAAUAUGAAGUAUUUUUCCAGUCUUACCAGAGAAUUGUAUGUGUGCUGCCUUUCAUUAUCAUAUAGUGAAUCAUUUUAAGCUUAGAAUUAAAUUUAGUGGUCUUCAGAGAGGAUAAAGUUAGAAAAGCCUUGUACCUCUAUAAAUGUCUUACUCUUAAGAGUGCUACUGAGUUACCAUAGAUUACUGCCUCUGCUAGACCUGCUUGCUUGUCUGGAUCAAAUCUUUGGUAUUCAUUCACAUUUGCUGUAAGUAUGUUGGAUACUUACAGCACAGGGCAUUUGUGAAAGACUCUUAGAAAAUGUAGUACUGAUAACAACAUAGAAACCCUAAAUAUUUAAUUUCACUGUGUCUACCUAUGUGAAUCCUUCACAUGUAGGCCACAGUAUUCAUCAGUGUGUGGUAAGAACUCUUAUUUGCAGGCUUAGAUCCGGUCCGUGUGCUUCUAUGUAUUUUUUCAGUAUGAUAGUAUUUAUAGAUCACUUUCAGUAGGGCAUCCUGAUGAAAAUGAUGAAAAUUUGAAUUUUUAAGAAAAGACACAGCCCCCAUGUGCAAUUUUCUUUGUGAAUGUAGAAAUUCCUGUUUCACCUUGACCAGAACUGAAAGGAUUGUUGACAUCUGAGGAAGACAAAAGAGCACUCAGUUCUGUUGAAUACACAUUAGACUGGUGCUGCAGCCAUCUCCUCAGAUCCCUAAUAGCAGUUGGAAUCUCACGCAUUUGCAGAAAAUUUGCUAAUGAAGGGGCUUUACACUAAUAAGCCUGUUUUCCUGAUGACAUGAGGUAAUUGCCACAGUUUUUUUUUUUUUUCCACUCCGUUGCUCUUAAGUAUUGCUCUUAAAACAGCAUUUAUGCUCCACUUACCAUUUUUCACAACUCUACACAGCACUGCCUUCAUUUAACGUGUGAUAUUUUGUUCAAUCUUGAAUUUCUGAUGUAUCAGGUCUGCAGGCAGAGCAUAACAAGUAAGAAUUCCAACAAAGAAUAGACUGCUGAGUUUUAUUAACCCAAGAUUACAUCUGUUUUCAUGUUUUAUAAAACUGUUAUUUUUGUGUUACGACUACAUAGUGACAUUAAUAGUGCAUGAAUUGAGAGAGCAGGACAGUAGUUGAAAAGUCUAAUGAUACACUAUGUGUUACAAAGAAACAAAUUUUCUCACCUCCUUUUAAUAUUCAUACAAAUAAAAUAUUACAUUUGCAAGAACUGAUAAAUUAUUUCGUACUUUAUUCUUGUUUGAAACAAUUUUGUAUAUGUGUGUUUGCAUCAACUGAAAUAGAAGAGCAGAAAUAAAUGUGUGUGAUCAGCAGCACUCAGUACUUAGUAUACUGCAUUGUUUGUUUUUAUUGAGUGUGUGCAGACAAAAGUGCUUUCAUAUGUGGUAUUAAUUCAUAGGACAGAUUUUGUAUUAGUAGGUAAGGGUAGUGUGAUAUGUUAGAACCUAAUACAAUGUUAAAUUUCUGUGAUAAGUUUUUCCCUUUGGGUAUUAGAGCCAGUCAGUUCAAAAUAUUCUUUGUCUCUCAUAUGAGCAGUGGAAAUGUGUGCCUGUAUGCGUUUGAGAUCAAAUGUUAUUUUUAAUUGCCAAUCUGAGAUACAAAGACAUGUUGAAAAGUCACUGUAAAUUUUAGGGAAGUGGUUGUUUCAUGCUUAAGUUGUAAUAUAGUUUAUCUUUGUCAUAAAAUAGAUAGCUAUCAUCUGACACGUACAGAAGGGAGUGACAUAAAUUACUGGUAUAGAUUGUAGAGUACAUGACCUGAGUUUCCUAUGUAUGAAUGUCCUUGCCGAAGCAGUGGAUGGGGUGGAAAAAAGAAAUGUGUUUGUUGCAAUAGUCACACAAAGCCUUUGUGGAAUACACACAUUUAUGCCUUUUCUUUGUGACCAUUCCUUUAUCGUGUAAAAAAUCAAAGAUUUUAGAGCACAAUAGUAUUCCUUGAUGUGUUGUGAUCUACUAUCAUUCACCUCGUUAUGUUCUAGGUGACUGAUGACAUAUUCUCCUUUUUUCCUCCAUUGUGCUACUUAAUCACAAGUUUCCUGUGACAAUAGUGUAGGACUGAUGUACAUAAUGAAUAUUUACAAGAACAAUAACAAAGUUAAAAAUAGUACUUUAAAAUCUAUUUUUUCUUUUGUUUUGUAUGUGCAAUUUUGAAAUGUAAACUACUUAUUGUACAGAUCAAAUUCUGAAUGCAUAUAAACAUUUCUCACGUAACAUGUCUUGUGUAUAAAACAACUGCUUCCCCUAACUACUUAAUGUCAAAUAAUUGCUGUUUAUUUUCAGACCACUGUCCAUCGCAGCCCCCAUAUCACUACUCAUUUUCCUGCUACUAAUCAUUUUUGUUUGUAAGUCACAUAAAAGAUAAGUACUAAAAGCAUUGUACUUUAUAAUAGUUGAAAAAUCUAAAAAGUAAAAUGUUUUAUUUUCAAGGAAAGACCACAUUAUUUCAUUUGUCCAUAACAGUACCAAUGCUAUUAAACGUUCCCUUUAUAUUUACUUAUAUGAAUUACUUUGAAUCUACCUUAUUGUUAAGUCAAUAUUUUGGAAACUCAGAUCUGUAUUGUUCUCACUUUUUGGUUGAAGACUUUUGUCAGAUUAAUGUCAUAAUUCUACAAGUGCUUUAAAAUAAUCAGUUAUGUACAAUUUCUGCAUGCUUUUAGCCAACUUCCUCCCAACAGCUCUGGAACCUCACUAUCUCAUUGCUGGUGCAGGCUGUAAACAAGUAUUCUGCAACUGAAACCAUUAUUUUGUUCUUUACUGAGUACCAGCCUCUGAAUGAAAGUACUAAUUUCAGAAUUUCAGUUUAAUUUUUUCAUUAAUAGUCAUAGAUGUCUUUCCAGACUGGCUCUUGUUGCCCCCCCCCCCCCCCCCCUCACCUUGGGUUGAUUGUCAAUGUAUUUUACCAAGCACAUUGAUUUAUGUUCUGUCCAUAUUUAAGUUGAUUUGAUGUUCUAUAUCCAAAGUUUCUUCAUAUUAUAUGGGAAAUGGCUGCAACUUUAAGGAGUGUAUUUAAUUAUUGGAGACAUUUUGUACCUGACUGAGAAACAUAAGAUAAAUACACUGUAUAUUUUCAGUAUAAUUUGUAUGUCUUCCCAGUGAAGUUGGUGCAAUAUCCUCAUCUUGUCUUGACAUCGUGUUCACAGAAUGCGUUGUGCAACUGUGAAGCCUGUAACGUACUAGCUGCUCCCAGAUCUGCAUUGUGGUAGUCAUUACAUGUUCAUGAAUAUUAGUACAGAGCAAAGAGAAGGUUGCUACAGUUAGGAAGAAAUUACUUACAUACAUUUGAUGCAAACUGUAGUUAUAAUUGAGUUAACUGAUGUACUUUUCUAAGGAAGACUUGCUGUUAAAAUUGUAACCUGUUCCAGAUUACUUCGCUAUUAAUGAGUCAUGUCAUAGUGAAUUUUGGUAGAGACUUAUUUUUUAAAUAAAUAUUUGCUUAUUAUAAACCACCAAUUGAUUUGGAUUUUACUUCUUAGUCACUUGCAGGGCUUUUUUAAAAAUCGUGUACCUAAUUAUAUAAAUUUUGCCAUAGUAAAGUCAGCUUGUAGGUACACAUUGCAGAUAAUCUGGAAAUUUAUGUAAUGGGACUUAAAAUAAUAAUGACUCAAUACAUGUGCUCAUUUUAGCCUGAUAUACCUGAAGAAUUAUUAUAAUAUGCUGGUUGAUUGUUGCUAAUGAUCAAAUGCUGUUCAGCACCAUACCUUCAUAAGUUACUGGCUAAACAUGUACCCGUUGGUCCAUCAAAAUGUGUGUUUAUUUUAAGAACACUAUUUUUAAAGAAAAAUAGUUAUUAUUAAAGACUUCAAGAACUGUGAACAAAGAAAUAAUGCUUAUUGAAGACCUGCAAGUGUUAGACUUGUUUCAGAGAAGAAAACAUGUAGCAUAUAUUGCACUUUUUGAAUAAAGCCAUUCUACAUGUAGCUGUGAAAAAUAUUUAUUGCAAAUGCAAUUUUGACACAUGGCCAUUAUCAAGAAUUAUGAGAAGUCAUAGCCAUCACUACAACUUCAAGUUGUGACAUUAUGGAACAGCAGGCUGGAACCAAACACUUGUGGUGAUAAAGGUGACCCACUGUUCCACAUACCAUGCGAGCACACAUAUUACUUAGUACAUUGUACAUCAGAAAUCAAACAAAUAUCCACAGUAUACAUUUGGAGAGCAGUGCCAUUGUAGUCGAUGUGGCGGUUGGAUUCUGAUAGCAGGUUAUUGUAAUCCAGCUGUCACACUGACAACAUGAGCACUGCACUACAUUGUGUAUGGUUACUGCUAGUGUACUAAGUAUGGUGUGUCUGUUCCCAUUGUAUGUGGGACAGUAUAUAUCACCACAAGUAGGCGUAUUUGGUGUCAGAGAGCUAGGAACUAUGUUCCAGCAUUUCACAACUUAAUGAUGUAGUCUGGGCUUUAAUAUCUCAGAGUGCUUGACAAUGAGCAAGUGCCAAACUUGCAAUCACAAUACAUAUUUGUAACAGCCAUGUACAGAAUGACUUCAUUCAAUAAUUGCACUAAGGCUGAGGACCUGGUCCUCAUCAAAAUUCUGUCUCACUCACAUUGUAGCCUACUUUUGAAUCCCUUAUGAGCACAUUGUUACUAGUUGUUCUGUGCAGCAAUAACCUUCAUAGUGAUUACUUUAGCAUUUUAUUUCUGUUUACGUAUCUGUAAAUAAAGGCAAGCAAAUUAACCAGCAGUUAAUAUCAUAUAUUUUUAUUGACAGACCCUGUAAGAUCUUCAUCUCUCAUUUACUUUUUAGAGGCCAAAAGGGUUGUCUGACAGAUAUAUUAAGGAAUUCCUCUUUUUCCUUCUUGAAAUACAGUUUUUGCUUUGUUUAUUUUUGUCCAGGAGAAUGAGAUUUUCAAAAGAUUGUGGGUGCAGAACAUUAUUAGUGGAUACUAUAGAGAUCAUAUUGUAUAACAUUAAUUACUGAAAGUUUUGAGUACCAGUAUGCUGUUCAUAAUUCUUACUGUACUUGAAAUACUUAAGCCUUCAUAUUCGGAGUGUAAUAUCUAUGACAGGUGAAUUUGCAAUUACAACCUAGUUCCUUCCCACUGUGUUACCAUUUCAUGUUUUAAUUGGUUUGGGCUACUAGGAACAACAUGAAAUAACUUGUGUCUUCUUUCUUUUCACCUUUCUUUCUUUUCAGUAAUUUUUCAUUUGUUCCCUAUGUUUUUCUCAUCUUUCUUCUGUUCUUAUUGCACCUAUGUUUUUCUUUCUUUUGUCUUGGAAGCCUGUGAAACAUUUUUUCUUUUGCUGUGACCAUUCUGUCCUACUUCUUCCUGUAUUCUAUUUAUUUUUCUCAGGUCUGCUUUAACUUCCAUUAUCCCAUGCCAGUGGUGAUUUUGGGCUU